AUGCGAACUUGCUCUACAUUCUUUGGAAGCUUGCGCCGGGAAUUGAUCGCACGACAACUUCCCUUAGUAUAUGAUUAUCUUCAUCCUCAACCGUCUCAUCUCUUGAACCUGACUUUGGUGGAUAUCAUUCCACAUCUGCAGCAGACAGGGCACAAGCAUACGAUCCUCCCCUCAAUUAAGCGGCCGCCCCCCCUGAAGCCAGGGCAUCAUUUAGUCUACUUUCCUCCUCAAGUCACUCUAUCUCAAAUACUCCCUGACGGUACUGAUACAUUGCAUUUCCCAGGACCGCCAUUUAUCAGGCGUCUUUGGGCUGGUGGUAGGGUUAGAUUCCCAUUGAUGCACAGUCCUCUCCUUGAUGGCAGUCGGGCUGUCUGCAUUGAAACGAUUCGGGACGUAAUAGUCAAAGGCCACCAAGGGGAGGAAAAAGUUUUGGUCGAUAUAGAGAGGCGUAUCGGCGCGGUCAUGGAAGACGAGGAAGAGGAGAGUAUCAGGGGACGUUUAUGGAGCGACGACGCAAAUGAAAACAUGGAGUCUUCGGUUAUUGAGAAUAGAAGCCUAGUUUUCAUGCGCCAAAAGACCACACAGCAAAUCGAAGCUGAUAAAGGGGAAUUUGAUAAGGUUCGCAGGAGAAUUCAGGGUAAUUGA